AUGUACGCCGCUCAGAAUAUAACGCCAACAGUUUUGGAUGCCAUGAAUGGAAAUGUUUCCGAAUGGUAUAACGAAUGCGACAAUGCCAUUAGAAGGUCAGAAAUAGUUCCUGGAACUUACGAAUAUACAACUGCUGUUUCUUAUGGAAACGUAGGUGAGUUUGGAGAAGGUUCUUCAACAACAGUAGAUAUUGCAUGCGACAGGUUUCAUAUUAUUUCUAUUGACAACUCAUUCUUAUACGUGGAACAAGACAUUGAAAUAAAACCUUCUGCCAAGUUGUCUGACAAGAAAGGUUGCAAUGGAAUUUUCUAUGUCGGAUACCAAUAUGCUCCAGAAGUUUUCAUGGGAUAUAAGAUAUAUUCUAACUCUGACUUAGUUCAAACAGUAACAUGGGCAAACUAUGAAUGGUUCGCUUUGAGAAACUCAGUACAACCACAAGCUAGAGAACAAACAGACCAGUAUGCAACUAUUGAGAAAAUAAGAAGACUUGACCCUAACGUUCCAGGAGUUUAUGUUGACCUUUCUG